CCGACAAAUACCCCCCCGCAACCUCCGUCCAAGGAACCCUCCACUACAUCCCCAAAAACCUCUGUGCCUUCGAACCGACCAAACCCCUCGCGCGCAAUGCCAACAUAAACACCCUCCUCUGGGUCGGCGGCAUGUUCGACACCCUCCACUCAGUCACCUACCCCUUCAAAAUCGCCGAAUCCCUCCCACCAGCCUGGACCCUCGUAACCGCCUCGCUCAGCUCCGCCGGCCACAGCUGGGGCGUAAGCAGUAUAUCCAAAGACGCAGAAGACAUGGCGAAAAUCCUCGAAUACCUACAAAAAACCCGACCGGGAGGAAAAGUCGUGAUCAUGGGACACAGUACCGGAUGUCAAGAUUGCAUGGAAUACAUCGUCGGAAAAGGACACGAGAAGAGACCGAAUGUCGACGGCAUAAUUCUGCAGGCUCCGGUUUCAGAUCGUGAAGCUUUGGAUCAGGACUUACCGAAAGCGAUGAAAUUGGAGGCUGACCAGUUGGCGACGCAAAUGUGUCGGGAGAGGAAUGGGAAUGAGUAUAUUCCGAAUCGACUUACGAGGGCUGUGUUUGGGCGGAUGGCGGUUACGGCGAGGAGGUGGUUGGAUGUGAGUAGUCCCGGACCGGAUCAUAGUGGGGCGGAUGAUUAUUUUUCUAGUGAUUUUGGGGCGGAGAGGUUGAAGAGGACUUUUGGGCAGUUGACGCCGAAGACUCCGAUUUUGAUUUUGUAUAGUGGGAGUGAGGAGAAUGUUGAGGAGGGUUUGGAUAAGGAGAAGCUUGUUGAUGCUUGGGUUUCGGUUGUGAGGGAUGCUGGAGGGGUUGUUGAUGAGGGCAGUGGGGUUGUUCCUGGUGCGACGCAUAAUUUGAAU